AAGUAGGGAGUUAUCCCGCGGGAUAGGAAAUUAGGAAUAAGAUGGGAUUCGUCGUGGAUAGGGCGACGAUGGAGAUGGUGUGCUCCGCCCAGUUCUGGAGAAUGGCCCUGCUCUGGACCCUCUCCCUCCUCUUCUCCUACCUCGGACUCCUUUUCCCCGAGCCCUUAUCCUCCUUAUUCCCCUCCCUCCGCCCCAAUCCCUCUUAUCCUCGCCGCGGCGUCUCCCUGAACCCUAGCUCCGAGCUCGAGAGACCCAUUUGCGUCGUCACCGGCGCGACGUCGGGAUUGGGCGCGGCCGCGGCGAGGGAGCUGGCGCGCGAAGGUUAUCACGUAGUUCUCGCUGGACGUUCAUGUCAAUUGCUGUCAGAGACCAUGCAAAAAAUCAAGCAGCAACAGAGCGAUGCCUGCCUUGAUGCAUUUCAGGUUGACUUGUCGUCUAUUCAUUCCGUUGUGAAGUUUGAAAGUUCCUUAAAGCAGUGGCUUUUGGAUUCGAAUCUGCACCCUUCUAUACAACUCCUGAUAAAUAAUGCUGGCAUAUUAGCAAAAUCGUGUAGAGUUACUGCUGAUGGAUUUGACCAGAUGGUGCAGACAAACUAUAUCGGUGCAUUUGUUCUGACCAACAUUCUCUUGCCUUUACUCAAGAACAGCCCGGUGCCUUCUCGAGUUGUUAAUGUCACAUCUUUCACUCACCGAUGUGUUACAUUUUCAGCAUCGAGUGUGGAUGUGUCAAAGGAAACACUGGCUAGGAAAAAUCUCUGUUUCCUGCCAGCAUCGAAACCAUAUCCAUUUGCUUGGACUUACGAGUAUUCCAAAUUUUGUCUACUCUUACUCUCGUAUGAGCUUCAUCGACAACUCUAUGUGCUGGACCCAGCUUCUUCUGUCUCUGUCAUUGCUGCUGAUCCUGGAGUGGUGGAAACCAGCAUUAUGCGAGAAGUUCCUCCUCGUCUUUCGCGACUAGCUUUUAUGGUUCUGAGACUAUUGAACCUUUUGCAAUCACCUGAUAAGGGAGUUAGCUCCGUCAUAGACGCCGCCUUGGCACCGCCUGAUGCAUCUGGGAAAUACUUCUUUGGUGGAAAAGGGAGGACUAUAAGAUCCUCUUCACUCUCUUAUAAUUCUAAACUAGCAGAGGAGCUGUGGCUAGCCUCUUCACUGCUGUUUCAAGAAACCCAGCACGCAGUGAAAGAUUCGGAGACCAAUUAAUAGUGGAGUUUAUAAACAGAGGAAUGCCUUCGUCAUGUGAAGAGUUUGCGUCCUUGGGGCUCAAAAUGUUAAUGUAUUUGUGAAUUAGUUUUCGGAUAUUACCGGGGAAUUAGAUGACUGGGUGACAAAGCUUUCCCGUACGGAAACUGCCUAAAUAUUAGUUUAUUGGGAAUGUGUAGUUUAGAUAAUAAAGAAUUUCGGAAAACUUGGCGGUAUGUUAGGAACUUUUCAAGGAUACUUAUGUUUGUGACA